GCUUCUACGUACGCAGAUUUGAUUUGUGAUAUCAAGUUCACGAGCAAUCUAUCUAGAGCCCGCGAGCACGCAGGUAAUUAGAGAAUGGAGCGUAGUAAUAACAAGGCCGCAGUUAUGUUCUACUUGGUGCUUGUUAUUCUGGUGCAGCACUCCAGCGGUCUUGAUAUGAGCAAUAUUGGUGAUCAAGUUCAAAACCAAGCUAAAAAUAUACCAUGCUACGCUGGAUGCAUCGGUGCUUGUACGAAAAAACAUCAUGGUUUUAUGGGGAAAUCGUGGUGCAGCGCAGAGUGCAUGAUGAAGUGCCAUGGGCAUGGGGAUUCUCGGACUGCUGCUAAUUUGCAAAGUUUGCAUAGCACCAAAAAUUAUAUCCCCAACGCCAGAGACGACGAUAUCCAGACCUAGAGAAAGUGGAUGGUUGCGUGGCUGCUUGUUCACAGACAUGCAUAUGGCCUAGCAUCCUUUAAUUAGUUACUUCCUAAUGUUAUGGUUUGGCUAAAUUUUCCUCCUAUUAUAUUAACGAGGCUAUACUGUGUAUUGUUCUUCUAAAAAAAUAAAGGCUAUACUGUAUUGUAAAACUGUAAGGUAACGAAUACGUACUGUAUUUCAGUAUUACAAC